AUGCCGGACUCGGAUGAUGUCUUGGACGCUUCGACCUUACUCGCAACACGCAUCAAUAUCUUCUUCACUGGCAGGCCAGACUCAACCCCCAUUCCCGAUUUCGGCUCUCUGCCCGAAUUUAUCGAACGCGUUUUUCACGCCGGCUUCAGACACCCCAUUGCCGACCAUGCCUAUCUCGCCUUGUACAUUCUCGACCUUCUUUCGAAGAAAUCCGACUGGAAUCUACUACGCCAUGGCCACGGAAGACACCUGCUGGCUACUAUUCUUCUGGGUCUCGCCGAAGUUGUCUCCCGCGGUGACGAUAUCAACAACACAAAAGUCCAAGAAGACUCCGCUCAUUAUUGGGCCCGUAUUAUGCUCGUUAAUGCUGAUGGCUCGUACAGAGGACUUGGUGGUUCAAAGUUAACGUCAAUGGCGAACGGUUUGGGGGGGUUAUUUUUAGAUGGAUGGACAGACGCACUUAAGCGUUUAAGAAAUUGGCCGCAGAGGACUACGCAUAUCGACCUGAGUGGUUUAACGCGGUUUCGGGAGGCAAAUUCACUUCAUCUACGGCAUAUGACUGAGCCUUCGGGGACGCAGACUGCAGAGAGGGAUGAUGUCGGCAGAGCUGAAGUCCAACACCAACAAACCGAUUCUCUUCCGCCGUCCCCAGUCAUCGGCCUCGGCGUCUACGUCCCGCCCAUCAGACCGAUCGAGGGCGACGAAGACACAGACGACAACUUGAGGCGUCUCUUCCCCACUGCCUCAUUCAUUCCUCCCAUACAAGUUCGAUCUGCGUCUGACGUAGGUGAAAAUACUUGGUGA